AUGUUCAAUUACAAAUUUCGAAACUGUGCAUUCAAAUUUUGCAAACUGUCAACUGAUAAAGCCUAUCUGAACAGUAGCGAUGCUGUGUUAUUUCAUCAUACAGAAAUGAAAAGUGUUGACAUACCGAACAAAGCAAAACAUCAGACAUGGAUAUUCAUGUCUGAUGAAUCCAAUGUCCACACGAUGAAAUACUUCAUGCACGGAUCAUGGAAAAAUGAAUUUGAUUGGACAUACAGCUAUAGAUCAGAUUCAGAUAUAUAUCUUCCAUUCGGAGAAUUCGCAAAAAGGAGCUUACCAGCAGUAAAAAAUUAUUCAAGUAUCUAUAGGAAGAAGAACAAAAAUAUUGCCUGGGUAGUAUCCAACUGUAAUGCCCCUUCUUCACGAAAUAAAUACGUAACAGAGCUGAAAAAAUACAUCGAUGUUGACGUAUAUGGAAAGUGUGGCAAACCAUGUUCUGCCUGGAUGGACGACUCCUGUUUCAAAAAAAUAAGUGGUGAUUAUAAAUUUUAUCUUGCGUUUGAAAAUUCUCUUUGUGAAGACUACGUUACGGAAAAGGCAUUUCGUUUGUAUCAAGAGGACUUCGACAUAAUUCCAGUUUACCGAGGGGCACCAAAUGUGAAAGAUAUUUUGCCUAUGGGGACUUUUAUUUCAACGCUAGAUUUCAAAUCACCAAAGGAGCUCGCUGUAUAUUUGAAAUAUGUUGCUAACAAUGAAAGUGUUUAUUGUAAUUAUUUAAAAGCGAAAGAUAAGUUCUGGGCAAGUCCGUAUACACUACAUGAGAUCGUUGAAUUUAUAUAUUGUUCUGUGUGUGAAAAACUUUCCACAGAUUACACAAGAGACGCUAAACUUAACUUAACAAGCUGGAUAAAGGACAAAGGAUGUCAUAAGGCAUCAGAUAUUUGA